AUGACUUUCGUGGAAUCCCCUCACUUGCCUCAAUUCCAAACAGCCGUCGUGGCUCAAGGCCACGGCAAGCUUGGUAUUCAACACAAUGUGCCGAUUUCCCCUGUAGCCCCCGACAUGGUGCUGGUGAAGACAGCCGCCGUGGCCAUCAACCCAGCCGAUGCAAAGAUGCUGGACUACUCGGCCGCCACGGGGGCCAUUCAUGGCUAUGAUUUUGCCGGAACCGUCGUUGUAUUGGGUUCAAAUGCCCGCGCAGGACUGGCGGUGGGGGAUCGGGUGGCGGGCUUCGUACAUGGGAUGAAUUGCUUACAGCCUGAAGUCGGGGCCUUCGCCGAAUACGUUGGUGCUACUGCUGAUCUCCUGCUGAAAAUCCCUGAUUCGCUGAGCUUCGAGGAGGCGGCGACCUUGGGCGUCGGGGUGGGAACAGCCGCCUUGGGGCUGUUCCAUAAACUGCGUAUCCCUGCGUCUCUGGAACAGCUGGCUGAAGCCAACGGGGAUUCUUCGAAGGGCGAGUUUGUCUUGGUUGCUGGUGGAAGCACUGCCACAGGAACACGCGCGAUCCAGUUGUUAAAGCUUGCCGGUUUACGACCGAUCGCGACUUGUUCACCUGCACAUUUCGGUCUCGCGCUCAAAUUUGGCGCAGAAAAAGUCUUUGACUAUCAUUCUGUUGAUUGCGCCUCGAACAUUCGCGCCUACACCGGGGGCCAGUUAGCCUACGCACUUGACUGUGUCAGUUUGGCGGACACAACAGAACUAUGCUACAAAGCCAUCGGUCGGGCGGGCGGUCGCUAUGUCUCCCUCGAGCCGUUCCGUACUGCAGUCACCCAGACCCGACCCACAGUGGAGCCGUCUUGGCUGAUGGUUUUGUCGCUAUUCGGCCACCAAGUGGCCCUUGAUGGCGAUUACGGGCGCCCGGCCCGGCCCGAAUAUCGUCGAUUUGGGGCAAAGGCUUUUGCGGCGGUCCAGGCAUUGCUUGAUCGCGGCUUGAUCGACACGCACCCAACGAAGAUCAUGGCCGGUGGGUGGGGUGGGGUAAUCGAGGGAGUUGCUCUUAUUCGCAGCCAGGCUCCUUCAGGGUCAAAAUUGGUCUAUUCAGUCUAG